AUGGACCUUUUCAAUUCUGCUCUUGGAAGAAAUAUCACAUUUGUUCAUCCUGCUUAUUUUAUUUUAAAUGGAUUUAUUGGAUUGCCUUAUAUGAAGUACUACUACGUGUUUCUGUUUUUUGUCUACAUUGUUUCAGUGUUUGGAAACAUGGCUGUUAUGGUUGUAAUAUUUCUGGAUUAUAACCUAAGAACUCCAAAGUAUGUUGCUGUUUUCAAUCUGGCAUUUGUGGAUCUGUUAGAGAGCACUGCUCUGGUGCCAAAAGUUAUUGAUGUUUUUUUAUUUAAUCACUAUUACAUCCCCUAUGCAGACUGUUUMGCAUUCAUGUUUUUCUGCUUCUCUUUUCUUUCAUUGCAAGCUCUGAAUCUACUUGCUUUAUCAUAUGAUCGACUGGUGGCCAUCAUGUUUCCUCUGCAUUAUCAAACAAAGUUUACUAACAAGUUAAUGUUUUCCUUGAUUGCAUUUUUCUGGAGUUUUGUUAUAGUUUGUAAUUUUAUUGCAGCCGGUCUUCUAACAAGACUUUCUUUCUGUGAGUCUGUGGUUAUUAACAGCUAUUUCUGUGAUCAUGCUGUCAUUUACAAACUUGCAUGUAAUGACUAUUUUCCAAGUGCCGCCCUUGGGUUUUUUCUGCCAGUUCUUUUUCUUUGGGUUCCUUUACUUAUCAUCCUGUCCAGUUAUAUUUGUAUUGGCUAUACUUUAUCGAAAGUAGCUUCAGUUGAAGAGAGAGUGAAAGCUUUUAAAACAUGUACAGCUCAUAUAUCAUUAGUGGCAAUCUUCUUCCUUCCAGUAAUUAUCAUAUACAGUAUAGAUUUAAAUAUGCAUCAAAAUGCCAGAAUCAUAUCCCUYUCUCUGACCUCAWUCUUUCCUCCUAUGUUGAACCCAAUUAUUUAUGUUUUACAGACACAGGAAAUUAAAGUUUCUAUGAAGAAAAUAUUUAAUAAAAGGAAUACUAGUAUUAUGGUAAAAUAAGACAUUAUCUGAUGAAAACAAAG